AUGGCUUCGAAAGAGACUGUAGCCGCAGGUUUCUUGUCCGUGAGCCGAGAAAUGACUGAGAGCAUCAGAAAGAUUAUUGACAAACCAUCUAUCAAGUUUGUUCGAGCUGUGAAAUUAGAGAUCAAGAAUGGCAAAUCAGAGGACAGAAUACUGGUCCUGGCAGCAUGGAGACUUUACCUCAUGGCUCCCAAAGUACCAACCAAGGUGGAACAAACCUUCAACUACUUGGAGAUUCGUUCAUUAAACACUCAACCAGAAAACCAGGUUGUCAUAGAAACAGACAAGUCCACGUACUCUCUGAGGCUGCAGUCAAGUGACCACUUGGAUCAGUUGAUCAGUCAUGUGAACUUCGCUCUCUCCCGAAUCUUCAACAACUCCAUCUAUGCUCCUACCAUCUUUCAGUCCGAUGGUGGGAUGUCUGAAGUCGGACAGAAGUUUUCUCCAAACUCUGACAGUUCUGUGGAGACUCAGAGAGCAUGCGGAGGGUUCUCGGAGACGUAUGCAGCCCUGUGUGACUAUAAUGGUAUUGGCUGUAAGGAAGAAGUACAGUGGGAUGUGGAUACAAUCUAUCACUCUCAGGAUAACAGAGAGUUCAACCUGCUGGACUUCAGUCACCUGGAAAGCAGGGACCUUGCAGUGAUUGUGGCCUCGAUGGCAUAUAAUACCUGGUUUACCAAACUCUACUGCAAAGACCUACGAUUAGGUUCAGAGGUAGUGGAGCAGGUUCUUCACACUCUCAGUAAGUCUAGCAGCCUGGAGGAGCUGACACUGGAGAAUGUGGGCCUGAAAGCAGAUUUCCCUCAGAAAAUGGCUUCUGCCCUGUCAGAAAACCCAGCAUCCGUAAUCCAUUCUCUCAAUCUGGCUCACAACACACUGGACAACCAAGGAGUAUCAAAUCUCAUUCAGCAAGUGUGCCGACUCAGCAAAGGACUCCGCCUCCUCAAUCUUUCCAAGACCUCACUCUCCUCAAAGGGUGUAAUGUCUCUUUCUCAGGCUCUGUGUUCAAGUGAUGACUACUCCAACUCUCUCCUUCAUCUGGACUUAAGCAAGAACCCUGGGAUUCUGACCGGAGAAGAUGCCACAAAUUUGUACCUGUUCCUGGCUCAGCCAAACUGCUUGGUCCAUCUGGAUCUGUCAGGCACUGACUGUGCUGUGGACUCACUGUUCGGGGCUUUGCUGAGAGGCUGCUGUGCUGAUCUCUCUUACUUAAAUCUCUCUAAAAACUCAUUCUCUCACAGGAAAAUACGUGAAACUCUUCCUUCCUUUCGGCAGUUUUUCAGUUCGGCGUUCAGUCUCACCCACAUCAGUCUGGCCUCGAUGAAAAUGCCCCCCGAUGUGCUCAGGGCUUUGUUUCUCGGGCUGUCCUCUAACCCACACAUAACUGACCUCCACUUGGACAUCAGCGGCUGUGAGCUUAGGUCUGCUGGAGCUGGUGUUAUACAGGAUUUGUUUCCCAGAGUAUCCUGCAUCAGUACUCUGGACAUCUCAGACAAUGGACUGGAUGCAGAUCUGCUCUCAGUCAUCCCUGCUUUCUCCAGACACCCCUCCCUCAAACAUCUGUUGCUGGGGAAGAAUUUCAACAUCAAGAGCAGGGUGCUAGAUGAGAUUCUACAAAAACUGGUGCAGCUAGUUCAAGAGGAAGACUGUGCGCUGCAGUCUUUGUCUCUGGCUGACUCUCGGCUGCGUUCCCGGGGCACGGUGCUGGUCAACGCUCUGGGCAGUAAUGCCUGUCUGCGGAAGGUGGACCUGAGUGGUAACGCCUUGGAGGACUCGGGGGCCAGAAUGCUCAGUAAAGCCCUGCAGAUCAACACCACGCUCAGAAGUGUGAUAUGGGACCGUAAUAACACAACUGCCACAGGAUUUCAGGAUGUGGCCCGAGCACUGGAACAUAACUUCACUCUGCAGUACAUGCCGGUUCCACUCAGCGAUGUCACCCAGGCGUUCCGCAGUGCUCCAGAGAAGACCGAACAGGCACUGACCAAGAUCCAGCGGGCUUUGCUGAGAAAUAACCAGACUCAGCGUUUCUCUCAGAAACAGGCUCUACGUCUGCACCAGGGCUUAGUCACUAGUACGGCUGAGCAGGUAAUGGAGCGUCUGUGUGUGCGGGUACAGCAGCAGGUGUGUGUGCUGAGAGGAGCAGGAGAAGGAGAGGAGCUGCAGGCUGCCAGACAGGUUUUGAAGGAGGCCAGGAACUCUCGAGCGCUAUACCCGUCUCUCUGUGAGCUGGCCCAUGUUCUGUCAGUGGAUGGUCCAGUCAGACAGAAACUGGAUUCACUGGCUGGAGAAUUAGCAAAGGCUGCUGACAAGGAAUUACAGGUGAUUGUGGACUCCAUGGUGUCUCUCUGUCGAGAGCUGUGCCCACUGUCCUCCUCUGCGGCUGAGAGACUAACCCCUCCACUGUCUUCCAUCUCUGAGCAUGUGUCCAUUCCUCGCUCAGCCAUCCGCACCGCACUGAUGGAGAGGGCAGCACAGGACAUCAACAGAGCAUUAGAGGAGGUGAAGCUCUCUGUUGUUUCUUAUCUGACCAACUCUAUAGUGGACCAAAUUCUACAGGAACUCUACAGCACUCAUAAGACCCUGCACCAUCAGGUUUCCCUGAUGAGGAGUGUGGAAGAUGGAGGAACAGCACGGCGAUCCCACAGAUACACAGAUUCACUGGAUGUCAUUGAUGAAGACUUUGGCAUUUGCAUAGAUACCAUUGCUAUAAGAAAACGCUCAAGGACUAGACGAAUCCGCCCUGUGUCCACCAGAUUAAGUCUGGGAGAUGACCCCAGCUCCUCACCCUCGUCUGCCACUCCGCAUCCCUCUGUCCCCUUUUCUCGCUCGGCCUCUUGGGAAGGCCUGGCCACUUUACCUACCCAGGGUGCACCUCUGCAUCAUGUAACUCGUGUCAGACCACGACCUCCCCGAAGACACAGGCCAGGACAUGCACCUUCGCACUCGCACUGCUCUGAAAACGGAGGUGUGAACCUUCUAGACGACGGUCUUCCUGAUUUCUAUACCAAGAGAGUGCUCCCAGACAGCCAACUGUCAUGCCACCAUCAGUCUCAGGUGCUGAGGAGGAAAAAGAGACGCAACAUGCUGUCAAUCUUUGGGUUCCGGAAGAACCGCAACUCCACCUUAUCCUAUCAGGAGCCAGAGUCUGCUGGAAGGGGAGGAGCCUGUGGCGAGGAGUGCCGGACAAACACAGUCGCAGAGAAUGAAUAUUCUUUGAUACAGCAUUCAAAAGAUCCUGGCAAAGCGGAUCCUGUCAGUGAGGGGUCCAGUGAAAGGCUGGUUGAGCAGAGUGAACCAACGACUCCUCAGAUUUCAGCUCGUCCAGUUAAGGGUGUUCCACUGCCAGGAAUGAGAGCUAUGAGUUUCCCCUGCAUGCCUCAUAGAGAAUCGUCGUCUGAGGAUUGCAGCAAUGUGCUCGGCGCCUCUGAAGCCAUCGGUCAGACAGAGCAGACAGUGGCUAGACAUACGGACCAAGAGAAAGACGCACAGACUCAGAGGCAGACAUUACCCACAGAGAGACAGACGGUUUUUGACAGACAAGAAGAGACUCCACCAUUCCAGCAGAAAGACAGAUUGACAGAGUCUGGUACAGGGACAGACGCUCAGCCCAGUGAGAGCAGGCAGAGACCAGAACCACCACCUCAGAGCUGCAAGCCAAACCUGGUCAAAAUGAGACAUCUAGAGGAGUUUUCUGACUCUUCUGUUGUGGAUGUGGAAGAAGAAGUAGAAAGGGAUAAAGAAGGACAAGAAAAGGUAGAUGAGAAUGAGAAGAAAUCUCAAGAGGCAGAAGGGCAGCUUCCCCCUAUACCUGAAAAGAAAAGUAACGAUCAGCCUGUGAAUGACAGGAACUUACCCGAAAUACCACCUGUUCCAUCUCCUCGAAAGAAUUCCACCAAUGAGACCAAAACACCGCCUCCUGUACCACCCGCCUCUGCCAAACCAGCAUUUGAUUCGUUUAAUUCUGCUGUCACUCAUGGGAAUAAUGAUGAGAGCAAUUCCAGCCCAACUCCCAUGAAGCCAUACCGAAACCUGAAAGCAAAGUCCUGUGAUACAGGCAUGGAGCAGGUCAGCUCCAGUGAUCUUGACAGGUGUUCACAGCGAAAGCCCCCUGUCAGGAGAGUCCGGAGCCAAGCAACGGUGAAGCGUCAUGACAGCAUCACGAUCAUCAGAUAA